ACAGUGAGGCAAAGGUCGCGCUUUGCACGCUGGGUAGGACACUUUGUCGCACCGGCCAUAUUGCCUUGUCGUCCUGGCUGAAGGAGAGAGUGGCUAUGAAGGGGAUUCGUGGGAUCAGCCGGUUAUCGACCAGGCUUUACGCGGCCCAGGCUGCCCGUAAGGUGGAAUCCACGGCAGCCGCCGCUGAACAGAUUAGGUUUCAGCCGCAGGAUGUGCAGGUGACCAAACUGCCCAGUGGACUUGUGAUUGCCUCUCUGGAGAACUUCUCCCCAGCCUCCAAGAUUGGAGUAUUUAUCAAGGCAGGGUGUCGAUAUGAAACCCCAGGAAAUCAAGGGGUCACCCACCUCCUCCGCCUGGCUUCCAACCUGACCACGAAAGGCGCCUCUGCUUUUAAGAUAUGCCGCGGUAUCGAAGCUGUUGGAGGCAGUCUCAGUGUGACCUCAUCCAGAGAGAACAUGGUCUACACUGUUGACUGUCUUAGAGACGACAUUGACACAGUGAUGGAGUAUCUCAUCAAUGUGACGACGGCGCCGGAGUUCCGGCCGUGGGAGGUGUCUGACCUCACUGCCAGGGUGAAGCUGGACAAGGCGCAGGCUGCGGACAGUCCGCAGAUAGCUGUGGUUGAACGCCUGCAUGAAGCUGCCUACAAGAACGCCUUGUGUAACUCCCUCUACUGUCCAGACCACAUGGUGGGAAACAUCCAGUCUGAACAUCUGCACCAGUUUGUCCAGAAUAAUUUCACCAGUGCAAGAAUGGCUCUGGUUGGACUGGGGGUUGACCACGCUGUGCUGAAGCAAGUUGGUGAACAGUUCCUGAACAUUCGCAGUGGGACCGGUGCCACUGGUGCCAAAGCUGCGUAUCGUGGAGGUGAAGUGCGGGUGCCGUCCAACAGCAGCUUUGUCCACUCUGCAGUUGUCAGCCAGGCGGCAGCGGCCGGCACUGGCCAGGCGCUCGCCUUCAGUGUGCUGCAGCAUCUAUUGGGAGCUGGUCCGCAUGUGAAGAGAGGCGGCAACACCAGCAGCAAACUGGUCCAGGGUGUGACCCAGGCAACAGCCCAGCCCUUCGAUGUCAGUGCUUUCAAUGCAAGCUACUCAGACUCUGGACUUUUCGGAAUCUACACCAUCUCACAACCUUCUGACACUAGUGCUGUGAUCAAGGCGGCUCUGGCGCAGGUGAAAGCAGUCGCCGACGGUUCAGUCACUGCUGCGGAUCUCACACGCGCCAAGGCCCAGCUGAAGGCUCAGACCCUGAUGUCCCUGGAAACGUCUGAGGGUCUGCUGGAGGCGAUGGGAACGCAAGCCCUGGCAGAGGGAUCCUACCGCUCCUCUGAGGAAAUCGCCAAAAGCAUUGAGAAUGUCACGUUGACUGAUGUUGCAAAUGCUGCCAAAGCGUUUGUGUCUGGUAAGAAGUGCAUGUCAUCCAGCGGUAACCUUGUGAAUACUCCCUUCGUGGAUGAGAUCUGAAGCCCUUCUGUCCUGGAGCUCCCUCUGCACGGUGACACAGAGACUGUGACAGGACCUUGGCGUCGUUCAGACCAUUUCUGUGUUCAUACUUCUGCCUGUCACUGUCCUGUUCAUUUGUCCACCUUUAGUGUAUAUCGGAUGUAAAAUAAAGAAUAAAGUCUUUACCUGCCAGAGUCUGGGGUGGUUCAGUUGGUGUGA